AUGGGUAGCGUCGUGGUGGAAGACGCGGAUACUGACACAGUGUAUGUGGCGGUGGGAAGGAACGCGGAGAAGACGCAACAACUGCUGCAUUGGGCGGUUAAUAAUUUAUCUGGCAAGAAUGUUUGCCUUCUUCAUAUUCACCAACCUCACGCCCUCAAUUCGUUAUCAGACAGAAAUCUUUCUGUGUAUGAACCAAAAGACCUUCCAAUCCAGGCAUUUCAGGAGCAAGGAAAUCAAAUGGUGGACGAACUUCUAGACCAAUACAUUCUCACUCUGGUCCCGGCAGGAGUACGGGCCUGUAAAUUGUUGAUUGAGAUGGAUGAUAUUGAGAAAGGGAUCGCAAAAGCUAUUGCUCAACACAAUAUUAGAUGGCUUGUAGUGGGAGCAGCAGCAGAUGAAUAUAACAUGGGCAAACUGGCUAAGCAAGAUUUGGACAAAGCUAAUUUUGUACGUGAACAAGCAUUGCUAUCCUGUAAUAUUUGGUUCAUUUGCAAGGGCAACCUCAUAUGUACUAGAUAUUUGGUGUACUGCACGAGUGUCCUUGUCAAUAUCUUUGGAGCAGGUUAUGAUAUGGAUGGAUGGGCUGCAAAGAAACAGCAUAUUCAUUCAAUUUGGUUAUAUAGUAAGCAUACUUCUGACAUAGAGACUAGACCUGCAUUGUUGGCGGUCAAUUCAAAUACAGAAGCCAAACAAUCAGAAAAGACUAAAUCAGAAUCGAUUCCUGAUGCAUUGAAAUAUUUAGAUUCGGAUGAUAUGAAAGAAAUCCAAAGUAUCAGUUCCCACCGUUCCUUAAAUUCAAAAUGGUCCUUUAAUAAUGUCAUGGACAGGUCAAAGUUGGCAGAUUUGAUGUUUCAUGAGGAUGAAGCGUUUGAAAGCCAGUGUUCUAAGGAAAUAAAAGGAAGAAAAGAAGUUGAAGAACAAUUGGCAAGGACGAAUCAAGAAGUACAGAAAAUCAAGAAUGAGCAAGAUGAAAUACUUGAAGAAUUGCAAAUGAUCAAAGACCAAAAUUCAGUACUCAUGAACCAAAUUUCUGAGUCCCAGUGUACGGAAUCAGAGUUUGAGGAGAAGAUCAUAUCAGCUGUGGACCUCUUGAUAAGUUUCAGGGAAAAGAGAGACAGGAUUAGAAUAGAGCAUGCAAAUGCAGUUAGGGAAGUCCAAGUGCUUAGAAAAUUUGAUGAAGCAGAUACUUCCUUCUCUUAUCAGGUAGAAUUCCCUUCAUUUUCUUUCGUGGAGAUCAACGAGGCAACUCAUGAUUUUGAUCCAUCUUGGAAGAUUGGUGAGGGAAGGUAUGGAAGUGUUUACAAGGGAUUGCUUCGCAACAUGCAUGUUGCUAUAAAAAUGUUACCCUCUUAUGGUUGUCAAAGUCUAUCAGAGUUCCAACAUCAGGUAGAGGUCUUGAGUAGGGUAAGACAUCCAAACCUGUUAACACUAAUUGGAAGCUGUGCAGACUCUAGGUCACUUGUGUAUGAGUACCUAAACAAUGGCAGCCUUGAAAAUCACCUUGCCCGCAAAGAAAAAAAUCCACUUCCAUGGCAAAUUCGAAUAUCCAUUGCUACAAACAUAUGCUCCGCUCUAAUCUUCCUUCAUUCCAGCGAGCCUUGUACUAUCCAUGGGAAUUUGAAACCUAGUAAGGUCCUCCUUGAUGCUAACUAUGUUGCCAAACUGAGUGACUUGGGCAUCCCUAGUUUAGUCCGGCAAAGUUUUGAUUCAGCUGAUGCAAGCACAAUAUGUAAUAACCCAAAUGAACGUUUGGCAUAUGUGGAUCCAGAGUAUUUUGUCACUGGCAAGUUUACACCAGAAUCAGAUGUAUAUUCAUUUGGAGUCAUAUUGUUACAACUUCUAACUGGAAGACCACUUGUGGGGUUAGUUAGGGAUAUGAAGUGUGCAUUGGAAAAGGAAAACCUUAAAGCAGUCUUGGACUUUUCAGCUGGUGAAUGGCCACUUUAUCAAACUGAACAGCUGGCAUAUUUAGCAUUGAGGUGUUGUGACAAGAGUUGGUUGAACAGGCCAGACCUUGUGUCAGAAAUCUGGAGUGUUCUUGAACCAUUCAAAGCUACUUGCAUUGACACAUCCCCAUAUUUUAUUUCUAAGAAGCUUCAUCGUGUUCCUUCCCAUUUUGUCUGUCCCAUUGUCCAGGAAGUAAUGGAAGAUCCAUACAUAGCUGCAGAUGGCUUUACGUAUGAAGCAGAGGCAAUCAGAGGGUGGUUAAAUAGUGGCCACGACACUUCUCCCAUGACAAACCUCAAGCUUGAUCACUUGGAUUUGGUACCUAACUAUGCCCUACAUAAUGCAAUUCUGGAGUGGCAGCAACAACAGUAA